GUAUAUACCAUAUUGAACAAAGGUUAAACACUUAAGGUCUUUGUGUAAGCCAUUGCAUCUGCUCACUGGAACAGAGUCAUACUUUGGGCCAAGCUUCUGGUAGACCGAGGAAAUGAUGAACAUCUAAUGCAAAAAAAUAGUCCCAUUCACUUAGACGCAAAAGAUGACAGAUUCCAUUUCUAAAGAUGUCUUUAACGCAACAGACACAAUAAAGAUAAGGAUACUACAGCACAACUACUAAAUGUGACAAAAUGGUGGUUACAAUCCCAUUAAUUAAAAGAAACAUAACAAGACCAGUUAUAUUCUCACCAUAUGAAUCAAGAAGCAAUAAUACUACACUCGUUCGAUAACUAGGCCCAUUUACUCGACGCUUUUUCAAACCCUAAAGUAGUCACAUUAGUCAUUACCCCUUCCGUUAUAAAUAUACGUGCACUCACUCACUCUCGUUACGUCACAAUCCACACAUCCCAAAACAGCAAAAACAACGUCGUUUUCAAGAAUGAGUAAAGCAGGAAGCAACUCCAGCGGAAACAAGAGCCACGGAAGCUCCGGUAGCGGUGUCCCGAGGAACUCUCCACCUGUCCCGAGGAACCGUUUCCAGAAAAGUGGCAGCCAGGCGGUGUACGAGGUGAAAGAGACGGAAGACACCGUGAUCUACAGGGUCGACUUGCCUGGCUGUCCGGCCUCCGACCUCCAGUACUGGGUCGACGGCAACAACGUCCACUUCUUCGCCGACGAACCCGCCAUGUCCGAGUACGACCACGACGGUCGCAAAUACGGAGGUACCAUGGUGUUCAACCCAGUGGCGUACGACGUUAGCGGAGCCAAGGCAAAGCUUCGCGACGGUGUGCUCUGGAUCACCGUGCCUAAGGUCGCCGGGGUGAACAUCAAGCUGACCGUCGUCGAGAAGAUGCUCAACUGCAAGAUCACAAAAGACGACGUGGUUUGAUCGAUGAGAGUCCGUAACGUACGUACGUACGUCUUUUGUCUUUAUCUAUGGUGGUGGUGUCUGUCGUAUGAUUCGUAUCUCCUGCGUGUCUACUGUCUUAGGGUUUGUCUGGUCUUUUCUUAAUUUCUAGUUUCUAAUAAAUGUGAACUUUUGUUGAGUCUGGUUUGUGCUUAUUUUGAUUUCCUUCUACGUAUAAUCUCAUCUUUUGAAUGUCGUCAAAA